AUGGCGUCCUUCCUAUCGAGGCGCACCUCGCACAUCCUCCUCGUCCUCCUCGGCCUCUUCCUCGCAGGCACCAUCGUCGUCCUCUCUACCGCCAACGCCUACUUCUCCAUCGACUCCUCCGCCUACAUCCUCCCCGAAGAACUCGGCACAUGGCAACAGAUCCAGUCCGGCGACUCGCCAGACGGGCCCGACUCCUGGGCCGCACGCAUCCCCUGGCUCGCCAAACUCACCCAACCUUCCUCCUCCUCCUCCUCCACCGCCAACACCCACAACAACACCAUCGAUCCCAACGACCCCAUCGCUCGCCCGCAGCCAUGGCGCGACAACACCCCCAAACCCUGGGACGCCGCCAAUCCGGCAGAAAAGAUCCCACGCAUCAUCCACCAGACUUGGAAGGACCAGCAUCUGCCGCCGCGAUGGCAGGCCAUCCGUGACGAGUGCGAAAAGAUGCAUCCGGACUACGAAUACAUGCUCUGGACCGACGCCUCCUCGCGCAGCUUCAUCCAACAGCACUACAACUGGUUCCUCCCCGUCUUUGACGCCUACCCGUACCCCAUCCAGCGUGCCGACGCCAUCCGCUACUUUGUCCUCCACCACUACGGCGGCAUCUACAUGGACCUCGACAUCGGCUGCCUCCGCCGCUUCGACCCCCUCCUCCGCUUCGAGGUCAUCCUCCCCAAGACCAUCCCCGUCGGCGUCUCCAACGACGUCAUGCUCGCAGCCAAGGCGCAUCCCUUCAUGGACCAGCUCAUCCACAACCUCGUCAACUUCAACCACCAGUACCUCACCAACUACCCCACCGUCAUGUUCUCCACGGGGCCCAUGUUCGUCUCCGCCUCCUACGGCCUCUAUGUCGACGUGCACGGACCCGCGUUCCCCUCGACGCCCAAGCAGCCCGACGCAGGCUUCAAGGGCGUCCGCGUACUGCCCAAGUCGCUCUACGGCAAAAACGUAAAGCCCAUCGAUGCGCCCGACGCCUUUUUCUCGCAUUUCUACGGAUCCAGCUGGCACGCCAACGACGCAGGCUUCCUCAUCUUUCUGCGCAAGUACGGCCGCGUGCUCAUCGUGCUCGGCCUCGGCGUCGUCCUCUACGGCUUCUUCCGCACGCUCCUCCCCUCGUUCCUCUGGCGCGUCGGCAGUCGUGCCGGAUUCGGCCGCGGUAGCAGCAGCAGCAAUCGCCGCGGUCAGCGCGAGCAGGGACGCUGGAUCAGCCUGCCCAUCGGCACGUCGUCCCGCGCGCUCUCGCGGCGCCGGUCCAAGCGCAGGUCGACCACCGACGAGGACCGCGCGGUGCUUCUCGAGGACAUGGACCGCAACGACACCGCAAGCACCUCGGCCGCCAAUCCGAGUCGGCUCUCGAUGCCCGCGCCGCGGCCGACGCGUCUGAGCCUGCCGCUGUUUCAGCUGCAGGACUCGGAGCCGCGCGAGCCGGCGCCGCAGUCGGUGCUGGCGUGGAUGGGGCAGACGCUCUCGCGGCCGUCGUCGCGCGGCGAUGCGAUCGGCGAGAUGGAGGCGAGCCGCGCCACUGCCGACAGCCCCUCCAAGAAGAAGGGGGUGCUCUACCUGCCCGCCUACUUUGUGCGCGGCGAUGAUGGCGCGAGCAGCACCGAGUCGCAGCUCAGUCCGAGCAGCAGUGCCAGUUCGCAGCAGCUGCCCGCGGCACAUGCGCACAGCCCGCUCUCGCUGAGUAGCUUUGGUCCCAGCACCGCGGGCACUGCUGCGUCGGCGCAGAGUCUGGGGCAGUGGGCGCAUGGUUUGUUGCCUGCUGGGUGGCGUGGACCGAGUCCGGCACCGAGCCAUACGAGCCGACGCAGCAGGUUGAGUCAGGAUGUGGACCUCGAGAGUCUGGGCAGUAGGGCUAGUCAGGAUGCCGAGGAUGACUGGAAGGGCAGUAAGGAUGCACAGCCGCUGCUGGAUAGGGAGGGCGCCAGGUCUGCACCGCCUCCGUACGAGAGCCCGUAUGCGGAGACCAAGGGCGCGGAUGAGAAUGCCUAG